AUGGCCGAAAAUGCAAUAACAGACACCGAAGCCAUGGGCGAAGCGGCCAAAAUGACCCACGAGGAAGUCACGCAGUUGGCGCAGCUCACGCCUGAAGAGAAAGCUAUCGAGAAGCGUCUCCGUCGCCGCAUCGACUGUAUCGUUAUGCCGUUGGUGAUUCUGGUUUAUUUGAUGAAUUAUAUUGAUCGAAACAACUACGCCGCCGCAAAAGUCCAAGGCAUCAAAGGAGACCUCGGCCUUGACGACGCGGAGUACCAGACCGGACUGUCGAUCUUGUUCGUGGCGUAUAUCCUCAUGCAGGUCCCGUCGAACCUGCUGUUGAACUACAUGGGCAAGCCGUCUUUGUAUCUCGGAUUCUUUACGACCGCGUGGGGCCUUGUGUCGACGCUGACGAGCCAGGUGACGGGCUACGGGGGCAUCGUUGCGUGUCGGUUUAUUCUGGGGCUGGUGGAGGCGCCGUUCUUCGCGGGCGUGCUGUUUUACCUCUCAAAGUGGUAUACGAAGCGGGAGUUGGCGUUUCGGAUGAGUAUCUUUUAUUCGGGGUCGUUGUUGUCUGGUGCAUUUGGCAAUCUCAUCGCGGCGGGUAUACUGUCAGGCAUGCAGGGAAAACGGGGCCUGUCGUCGUGGCAGUGGCUGUAUGUGAUUGAAGGCGCCAUCACCAUGUUUGUCGGCAUUGGGGUCGCUUUUCUGCUGCCUGACUUCCCAGACACAUGGCACAUGCUGACGCCUGAGAUGAAGCAUGUUGCUAACCGGCGAAUGGCCAUCGAAGCGGCAGAGGCGGAUAUCGACGAGGCGGGCAAGAUGAGCCAGGUGAAGGGGUUGAAGCUGGCGUUCACGGAUAUCAAGACAUACGCGCUGGCUAUCGCGUACAUGUCCAUCACCGGCGCGAGUGGAUUCCAGAAUUACUUCCCAACGCUGACUAGCACCCUCGGCUACGACGAUACCAUCUCGCUGGUGCUGGUGGCGCCGCCGUACCUCUUCAUGGUCGUGUACAGCCUGACGCACUCGUUCCUGUCAGACCGCGUGGGCAACCGCUUCUGGUUCUUCGUGUAUCCCAUCCCGAUCACCAUUGUGGGAUUCAUCAUUUUCAUGACGACCGAUGCGUUCGGGCCUCGCUAUUUUUCCUUUUUCCUGAUGAUGUUCGUGUUCGCGCAGAACGGUACCGUGUAUUCGUGGAUUGCGAACGCCAUCCCCCGCCCGCCAGCCAAGCGCGCAGCCGCAUACGCCUUUAUCAAUUCAGUCGGCAACUCGGCUAGCAUCUGGACGCCGUACACGUAUCGCGAAAAGGACAGCCCGCACUAUGUAACAGCGAUGGCCGUGUGCAUCGCGCUGCAGGUGCUCGGGUUCCUGAUGGCUGUGUUCAUGUAUUUCCACCUCCGUUCGUUGAACACGCGGCUGGAGCGGCUCGAGAACGCCGAUGUGACCCUGACGGAGAAAGAGCUCCGGCGGUUGCAGCAUACGGCCGAGGUAGAGGGCAUCGAUAUCGCCGCCGCGCGACGCCUGCAGAAGGGAUUCCGGUACAUGACCUGA